GCAACAGCAACAACUAUACAAGCAAGCACCCUCACAACAAAAGCAGCAACAACAGCAACCACAAUAGCAACUAUUGCAACAAUAACAUCAGCGGACAGAGCGAGCAGCCAGGCACAACAUCGAUUGACAUCGAUUAACGCAUCGUGCUAAGCGGCGGGCGCUAAUCGAACAUGGCGCCUCGGAUAUAGUUGUAGCUUUAAUGUAGCAGGCGACAUCCAUGUGCCUCAUGCCUUGGAAAUCUAAGGCUCUCAUCGUUGGCCGCAUAGACAAUGACAGAAGAUUCCGACUCGAUAUCUGAGGAAGAACGCAGUUUGUUCCGUCCCUUUACCCGCGAAUCAUUGGUGCAAAUCGAACAACGCAUUGCCGCUGAACAUGAAAAGCAGAAGGAGCUGGAAAGAAAGAGAGCCGAGGGAGAGGUGAUCCGAUAUGAUGACGAGGACGAGGAUGAAGGUCCACAACCGGAUCCUACACUUGAACAGGGUGUGCCAAUACCUGUUCGAUUGCAGGGCAGCUUCCCGCCGGAAUUGGCCUCCACUCCUCUCGAGGAUAUCGAUCCCUACUACAGCAAUGUACUGACAUUCGUAGUUGUAAGCAAAGGAAAAGAUAUUUUUCGCUUUUCUGCAUCAAAAGCAAUGUGGCUGCUCGAUCCAUUCAAUCCGAUACGUCGUGUGGCCAUUUACAUUCUAGUGCAUCCAUUAUUUUCCCUAUUCAUCAUCACCACAAUUCUCGUCAACUGCAUCCUGAUGAUAAUGCCGACAACGCCCACGGUUGAGUCCACUGAGGUGAUAUUCACCGGAAUCUACACAUUUGAAUCAGCUGUUAAAGUGAUGGCACGAGGUUUCAUUUUAUGCCCGUUUACGUAUCUUAGAGAUGCAUGGAAUUGGCUGGACUUCGUAGUAAUAGCUUUAGCUUAUGUGACCAUGGGUAUAGAUUUAGGUAAUCUAGCAGCUCUGCGAACGUUUAGGGUGCUGCGAGCGCUUAAAACCGUAGCCAUUGUGCCAGGCUUGAAGACCAUCGUCGGCGCCGUCAUCGAAUCGGUGAAGAAUCUGCGCGAUGUGAUAAUCCUGACCAUGUUCUCCCUGUCGGUGUUCGCGUUGAUGGGCCUACAGAUCUACAUGGGCGUGCUCACGCAGAAGUGCAUCAAGAAAUUCCCGCUGGACGGCUCCUGGGGCAAUCUGACCGACGAGAACUGGGCCUAUCACAAUCACAAUAAGUCCAAUUGGUACUCCGAGGACGAGGGCAUCUCAUUUCCGUUGUGCGGCAAUAUAUCCGGUGCGGGGCAAUGCGACGACGACUACGUGUGCCUGCAGGGGUUUGGUCCGAAUCCGAAUUACGGCUACACCAGCUUCGAUUCGUUCGGAUGGGCUUUCCUGUCCGCCUUCCGGCUGAUGACACAGGACUUCUGGGAGGACCUGUACCAGCUGGUGUUGCGCGCCGCCGGACCAUGGCACAUGCUGUUCUUUAUAGUCAUCAUCUUCCUAGGUUCAUUCUAUCUUGUGAAUUUGAUUUUGGCCAUUGUUGCCAUGUCGUAUGACGAAUUGCAAAAGAAGGCCGAAGAAGAAGAGGCUGCCGAAGAGGAGGCGAUACGUGAAGCGGAAGAAGCUGCCGCCGCCAAAGCGGCCAAGCUGGAGGAGCGGGCCAAUGCGCAGGCUCAGGCAGCAGCGGAUGCGGCUGCCGCCGAAGAGGCUGCACUGCAUCCGGAAAUGGCCAAGAGUCCGACGUAUUCUUGCAUCAGCUAUGAGCUAUUUGUUGGCGGCGAGAAGGGCAACGAUGACAACAACAAAGAGAAGAUGUCCAUUCGGAGCGUCGAGGUGGAGUCGGAGUCGGUGAGCGUUAUACAAAGACAACCAGCACCUACCACAGCACACCAAGCUACCAAAGUUCGUAAAGUGAGCACGACAUCCUUAUCCUUACCUGGUUCACCGUUUAACAUACGCAGGGGAUCACGUAGUUCUCACAAGUACACGAUACGGAACGGACGUGGCCGCUUUGGUAUACCCGGUAGCGAUCGCAAGCCAUUGGUAUUGUCAACAUAUCAGGAUGCCCAGCAGCACUUGCCCUAUGCCGACGACUCGAAUGCCGUCACCCCGAUGUCCGAAGAGAAUGGGGCCAUCAUAGUGCCCGUGUACUAUGGCAAUCUAGGCUCUCGGCACUCAUCGUAUACCUCGCAUCAGUCCCGAAUAUCGUAUACCUCACAUGGCGAUCUACUCGGCGGCAUGGCCGUCAUGGGCGUCAGCACAAUGACCAAGGAGAGCAAAUUGCGCAACCGCAACACACGCAAUCAAUCAGUGGGCGCCACCAAUGGCGGCACCACCUGCCUGGACACUAAUCACAAGCUCGAUCAUCGCGACUACGAAAUUGGCCUGGAGUGCACGGACGAAGCUGGCAAGAUUAAACAUCAUGACAAUCCUUUUAUCGAGCCCGUCCAGACACAAACGGUGGUUGACAUGAAAGAUGUGAUGGUCCUGAAUGACAUAAUCGAACAGGCCGCUGGUCGGCACAGUCGGGCAAGCGAUCGCGGUGUCUCCGUUUACUAUUUCCCAACAGAGGACGAUGACGAGGAUGGGCCGACGUUCAAAGACAAGGCACUCGAAGUGAUCCUCAAAGGCAUCGAUGUGUUUUGUGUGUGGGACUGUUGCUGGGUUUGGUUGAAAUUUCAGGAGUGGGUAUCGCUCAUCGUCUUCGAUCCCUUCGUCGAGCUCUUCAUCACGCUGUGCAUUGUGGUCAACACGAUGUUCAUGGCGAUGGAUCACCACGAUAUGAACAAGGAGAUGGAGCGAGUGCUCAAGAGUGGCAACUAUUUCUUCACGGCCACCUUUGCCAUCGAGGCCACCAUGAAGCUGAUGGCCAUGAGCCCCAAGUACUAUUUCCAGGAGGGCUGGAACAUCUUCGACUUCAUCAUCGUGGCCCUAUCGCUUUUGGAACUGGGACUCGAGGGUGUCCAGGGUCUGUCCGUCUUGCGUUCCUUUCGAUUGCUGCGUGUAUUUAAAUUGGCCAAAUCUUGGCCAACACUUAAUUUACUCAUUUCGAUUAUGGGACGCACCAUGGGCGCUUUGGGUAAUCUGACAUUUGUACUUUGCAUUAUCAUCUUCAUCUUUGCGGUGAUGGGAAUGCAACUGUUCGGAAAGAAUUAUCAUGAUCACAAGGACCGCUUUCCGGAUGGCGACUUGCCGCGCUGGAACUUCACCGACUUCAUGCACAGCUUCAUGAUCGUGUUCCGGGUGCUCUGCGGAGAAUGGAUCGAGUCCAUGUGGGACUGCAUGUACGUGGGCGAUGUCUCGUGCAUUCCCUUCUUCUUGGCCACCGUUGUCAUCGGCAAUCUUGUGGUACUUAACCUUUUCUUAGCCUUGCUUUUGUCCAAUUUUGGCUCAUCUAGCUUAUCAGCGCCGACUGCCGAUAACGAUACGAAUAAAAUAGCCGAGGCCUUCAAUCGAAUUGGCCGAUUUAAAAGUUGGGUUAAGCGUAAUAUUGCUGAUUGUUUCAAGUUAAUACGUAACAAAUUGACAAAUCAAAUAAGUGAUCAACCAUCAGGUGAGAGGACCAACCAGAUCAGUUGGAUUUGGAGCGAAGAGCAUGGUGACAACGAACUGGAGCUGGGCCACGACGAGAUCCUCGCCGACGGCCUGAUCAAGAAGGGGAUCAAGGAGCAGACCCAACUGGAGGUGGCCAUCGGGGAUGGCAUGGAGUUCACGAUACACGGCGACAUGAAGAACAACAAGCCGAAGAAAUCCAAAUAUCUAAAUAACGCAACGAUGAUUGGCAACUCAAUUAACCACCAAGACAAUAGACUGGAACACGAGCUAAACCAUAGAGGUUUGUCCUUACAGGACGACGACACUGCCAGCAUUAACUCAUAUGGUAGCCAUAAGAAUCGACCAUUCAAGGACGAGAGCCACAAGGGCAGCGCCGAGACGAUGGAGGGCGAGGAGAAGCGCGACGCCAGCAAGGAGGAUUUAGGUCUCGACGAGGAACUGGACGAGGAGGGCGAAUGCGAGGAGGGCCCGCUCGACGGUGAUAUCAUUAUUCAUGCACACGACGAGGAUAUACUCGAUGAAUAUCCAGCUGAUUGCUGCCCCGAUUCGUACUAUAAGAAAUUUCCGAUCUUAGCCGGUGACGAUGACUCGCCGUUCUGGCAAGGAUGGGGCAAUUUACGACUGAAAACUUUUCAAUUAAUUGAAAAUAAAUAUUUUGAAACAGCUGUUAUCACUAUGAUUUUAAUGAGUAGCUUAGCUUUGGCAUUAGAAGAUGUACAUCUGCCACAAAGACCCAUACUGCAGGAUAUUUUAUACUAUAUGGACAGAAUAUUUACGGUUAUAUUCUUCUUGGAAAUGUUAAUCAAGUGGUUGGCGCUCGGCUUCAAAGUGUACUUCACCAACGCGUGGUGUUGGCUCGAUUUCGUGAUUGUCAUGCUGUCGCUAAUUAAUUUGGCCGCGGUCUGGUCCGGGGCCGAUGAUGUGCCCGCCUUUCGCUCGAUGCGAACUCUGCGCGCCCUGCGACCUCUGCGGGCAGUUUCGCGCUGGGAGGGCAUGAAAGUCGUCGUUAAUGCGCUGGUACAAGCUAUACCGUCCAUCUUCAAUGUGCUAUUGGUGUGUCUAAUAUUUUGGCUAAUUUUUGCCAUAAUGGGUGUACAGCUUUUUGCUGGAAAAUAUUUUAAGUGCGAGGACAUGAACGGCACGAAGCUCAGCCACGAGAUCAUACCAAACCGCAAUGCCUGCGAGAGCGAGAACUACACGUGGGUGAAUUCAGCAAUGAAUUUCGAUCAUGUAGGUAACGCGUAUCUGUGCCUUUUCCAAGUGGCCACCUUCAAAGGCUGGAUACAAAUCAUGAACGAUGCUAUCGAUUCACGAGAGGUGGACAAGCAACCAAUUCGUGAAACGAACAUCUACAUGUAUUUAUAUUUCGUAUUCUUCAUCAUAUUUGGAUCAUUUUUCACACUCAAUCUGUUCAUUGGUGUUAUCAUUGAUAAUUUUAAUGAGCAAAAGAAAAAAGCAGGUGGAUCAUUAGAAAUGUUCAUGACAGAAGAUCAGAAAAAGUACUAUAAUGCUAUGAAAAAGAUGGGCUCUAAAAAACCAUUAAAAGCCAUUCCAAGACCAAGGUGGCGACCACAAGCAAUAGUCUUUGAAAUAGUAACCGAUAAGAAAUUCGAUAUAAUCAUUAUGUUAUUCAUUGGUCUGAACAUGUUCACCAUGACCCUCGAUCGUUACGAUGCGUCGGAAACGUAUAACGCGGUCCUAGACUAUCUCAAUGCGAUAUUCGUAGUUAUUUUCAGUUCCGAAUGUCUAUUAAAAAUAUUCGCUUUACGAUAUCACUAUUUUAUUGAGCCAUGGAAUUUAUUUGAUGUAGUAGUUGUCAUUUUAUCCAUCUUAGGUCUCGUACUUAGCGAUAUUAUCGAGAAAUACUUCGUGUCGCCGACCCUGCUCCGAGUGGUGCGUGUGGCGAAAGUGGGCCGUGUCCUGCGACUGGUGAAGGGAGCCAAGGGCAUUCGGACACUGCUCUUCGCGUUGGCCAUGUCGCUGCCGGCCCUGUUCAACAUCUGCCUGCUGCUGUUUCUGGUCAUGUUUAUCUUCGCCAUAUUCGGCAUGUCGUUCUUCAUGCACGUGAAGGAGAAGAGCGGCAUCAACGACGUCUACAACUUCAAGACCUUUGGCCAGAGCAUGAUCCUGCUCUUUCAGAUGUCGACGUCAGCCGGUUGGGAUGGUGUACUGGACGCCAUUAUCAAUGAGGAAGCAUGCGAUCCACCCGACAACGACAAAGGCUAUCCGGGCAAUUGUGGUUCAGCGACCGUUGGAAUAACGUUUCUCCUCUCAUACCUAGUUAUAAGCUUUUUGAUAGUUAUUAAUAUGUACAUUGCUGUCAUUCUCGAGAACUAUAGUCAGGCCACCGAGGACGUGCAAGAGGGUCUGACCGACGACGACUACGACAUGUACUAUGAGAUCUGGCAGCAGUUCGAUCCGGAGGGCACCCAGUACAUACGCUAUGAUCAGCUGUCAGAAUUCCUGGACGUACUGGAGCCCCCGCUGCAGAUCCAUAAACCGAACAAGUACAAGAUCAUAUCGAUGGACAUACCCAUCUGUCGCGGCGACCUCAUGUACUGCGUCGACAUCCUCGACGCCCUCACGAAAGACUUCUUUGCGCGGAAGGGCAAUCCGAUAGAGGAGACGGGUGAGAUCGGUGAGAUAGCGGCCCGCCCGGAUACGGAGGGCUACGAGCCCGUCUCAUCAACGCUGUGGCGUCAGCGUGAGGAGUACUGUGCCCGGCUGAUCCAGCACGCCUGGCGAAAGCACAAGGCGCGCGGCGAGGGAGGUGGCUCCUUCGAGCCGGAUACGGAUCAGGGCGAUGGCGGUGAUCCGGAUGCCGGCGACCCGGCGCCCGAUGAACAAACGGACGGCGAUGCGCCCGCUGGAGGAGAUGGUAGUGUUAACGGUACUGCAGAAGGAGCUGCCGAUGCCGACGAGAGUAAUGUAAAUAGUCCGGGUGAGGAUGCAGCGGCAGCAUCAGCAGCAGCAGCAGCGGCGGCGGCGGGUACAACGACGGCGGGAAGUCCCGGAGCGGGUAGCACCGGACGACAGACCGCCGUUCUCGUAGAGAGCGACGGGUUCGUGACGAAGAACGGCCACAAGGUGGUCAUCCACUCGCGAUCGCCGAGCAUCACGUCGCGCACGGCGGAUGUCUGAGCCAGGCCUCGCCCCCCCCUCCAAGAUGCACGCGAGUAUUAGCAUGAGUACGUGUUGGAUGUUGCACGUUGCAUCAGCGAUGCAGCAGCGGUGCAGCAGCGACAACAGCGAGCUAACAACAACAGCAACAAGGCGAACAACAAGCAUAAUUUUCUGCUAUAUAAUGAAAGAACACCAUACAAACAAAUACAACAACAAUAACAAUAACAGAAACAACAAACAAACAAACAACAUCAAGAG